AUGGAUAACAUACUGCAGCAUCUGGAUUCUCCGGACGUCUUGCGACGGCUCAUUGAAGCUGGUGCCGAUAUUACAGUAAAAGACGUCGACGGUGCGAACGCCUUACAUCUGAUUGCUGCCAAAAGAAACCCGGUUCUAGAAUCCGCCCAAGUCCUCUUGGAUGCCGGAACCCCUAUCGAUGAGUUGGAUAGUCGGCUCAGAACACCUCUAUUUCGCGCUGUAUAUGAAGGCGAAUCGAGCGAAACCGUAUCGUGGCUGCUGGAUCACGGGGCGGCCAUUGAUGUGCCCUCCGUCCGAUACACUCCUCUCCAGGCCGCAUCGCAUUAUUGUCUGACAAAUGUUAUGUUUCUCUUGCUGGAUGCAGGAGCAAACCCGAACAUCUCAACUCCUGAAGCCACCAUUACACCACUUGUUCAGGCUAUAGACAGCCAAUCCCGCCUGGUCGAAGCAGUAACUCUCCUCCUUGCCUAUGGAGCAGAUCCUGCCUUUGCAGGCUAUGGUAGGGAGACUCCUCUAGCUAAAGCCGCAUACCUUGCUUGCUCAGAGCGCAAACCAAGUCAGAUUAAUGUGGUGUUUCAAUUGCUUGACGCUGCGGAUCGAAGAGGCACGCCACUUGCACAAAACGUAGUGAACGAUGCCUUCUCGCGUUGCUCGCAUCAUUAUGUCCACGAUAUCUUUGCGCUCUUCCUAAACAGAGGCGCAAAUGCGAACUCCCCAUUAGGUGAAAAUAUAGAGUCCGAAUAUACCAGACCUCUUAUUCUCGCUUGCGAAACGGAAGAUAUCCCCCCUGAACACAUCGACUUCCUUAUCCGCCAACGAGCCGAUCCCACACUCACAGGCACGAAUGGCCGUAGUCCUCUCCAUGCUGCUGCUUGCAAUGGUGUCGUAUCAGCCAUUGCGCCCCUCUUAGGCUCUGGAGCAGUUAUUGACCAGCCUGACGACAGAGGUAGGACAGCUUUGCACGUGGCAUGCGACAUGUACAAAAAUCUAGUCCCCGACGAAUAUGACCUGCAAACCCAAGCAGGACUCUUCAUGGGCAAUCCAGUCGAUCUCGCAAGCAUGAACGAACGCGAGAAGAAUACUUAUCGGAUGUUUGUCGAAACAACUGCUGAUCGACUGAGAAGGUGUUUGCAUCAACUAGAAUUUGUUCGGAGAUUGCUAGAGGCGGGUGCAUCACCAACAGCUCAGGACAACGACGGCGCGACGGCAAUGCAUUUUGCCAGCAUAACAGACGAUCUCCAGCUCGUGCUUCUCAUCUUGCAAGCCCCCUUUGGCCGCUACGUUCUCGUCGACAACUCAGGAAAGACGCCAUUGCAUUGGGCGGCGGAACACGGGGCCGCAAACGUAGUGAGAGCCAUGAUUUCCAGGCCCAGCGCUGGUUUAACGAGGAGACCUGCUUUUCUUGAACGAAUGGUUACCAAAACUUGCUCUCUUCUGGAGAAAUCGCAUGAGGUCAACGCUACAGCUACAACUACACCCCCAUCUCAAGUGCUGUGCUAUAGUCCCUUCAUUCGCCGCAUCCUCCCGUACGUCUCCGAUAGGGAUGGCCGGCGGGCCCUGCAUGUCGCUGCUGCUGCCGGGAAAGGAGAUGUCGUGGCAGCACUGCUGGAACGAUCAGACCUACCGCUGACAAGGGUCGACAAUGUUGGGAUAAGCGCCAUGAGGCUGGCGGAGGAGCGAAAUCACCUGGGCUGCAUCUCCAAGAUCCGAGUCGCACUGCGAAAGCAGAAAGCCGCGAGAGAGUAUAGUCUAAGAAUGGAGCGACUGUCUGCCUGUGUUAUCUAUUUUACUUCUGCCGUGCUUAUUCUUGGGGUUCUACUGGGGCUCAUAACUGCAGCCAAAAGAUGGUCAAUGGAGUUGGAUUGGAUAGAAUGCAACACAAUCAUGCAGGCGUUGGAGUUCAUAUGUAGACAAAACUAA